AUGGCGCAAGAACUGCUGGACGGACCGCUGCACAAGAUCAAAGAAACCAGUAAGUAUGAUUUCCUCUUCAACACCCAUCAGUGCCAGUACCUGCAAAGCCGAUGCUCCGUGGUCGAAGAAUACGUGCGGCUUUGGCAGAGCUGCUCUGAACUUGAGCAACUUCCCCUGGCCAUGGAAGAGCUCCGUUGUAUGCUAAGCAGAGCCUUGCAGCUUCUCAAGCAGUGCCAGCACGAGGAAUGGCUGUACCAUGCUGCAGUCCGGCUCACUGAUUCCAGAGCCUUUGCGGAGAUCUGCCUGAGUCUGAGUAGAUUGACGGCCUUGGUCAAUGCUCACGUGAUGCAUUGUGCCACGGAUAUUGGGAGCCCGGAUGUGCAGUACCUCAUGGCCAUGCCUUACAAGCGCAAGCACAUAGAGAACCUGCGUUCAGCGAUGGAGGACCUGAGUCCCUGCGCAUCAAGAGAUAGAAAGGAGCUCUUCAUGAGAGCAAAUUCCAUCACAGAAACUGACAACAGGUAUGUUCUGGCACAGUACCUUGUUAAAAAGCUGAUGUCAAGCAGAGGAGGAGCCGUUGCCACCAUUCAGGCCCUCGAACUGAAAACUUUGAUAGGUGCGGGUGCAUUUGGUUCUGUGUACAAAGCUGAAUGGGUAGGGGCACCAGUUGCUGUGAAAGAGUUUAGAAGCGGUGAUGCUUCAGUUGACAAGGAGGUGAACAUCCUGAAAGAACUUAUUUUAGAACCGCACCCGAGCGUGCUCCAGAUGAUAGGAUACUAUCAGAAGGAUGAGAAGGCUUACCUUGUCAUGGAGCUGAUGGAAAGGGACCUGACCAGUGUUAUAAGGAAGGCUGAAGGCUCGCUGCAACUUUUAACUUCUGUAGACAUUAUGCUCCAGAUCGCAAGCGGCAUGAGCUACCUCCAUCAAAGGAAUGUGGUUCAUCGAGACCUCAAGCCUUCGAAUGUCCUCGUUAAGACAUUAAAGAACCAUGCCUGCAUCACCUGUUUCGACGUGAGGUUAACAGACUUCGGAGUCUCAAAGUCGAACUUUAUAAGCUUUGCACCGGACUUGUCUUACCAGAGGGGGACGAUCCAAUACAUGGCUCCAGAGAUGCUGAGGGGCCAGAAGUACUCCAGAGAGGUUGACGCAUACAGCUUCGGAAUUACUUGCUUCCAGAUCUUGACUGGAACGCUGCCAUUUCAGGACGAUGGCAAGCAGCUGGUGGCAGAUAAACUGGUCGAGACGAUCGAAGAUGGAAAUAGGCCUGACCUUCCAACAGGCUGUCCACUGGAGCUGGUUGCUCUCCUCAACAGGUGCUGGAACAGGAAUCCGAAAGAUAGACCAACCUUCGAACAUAUAUCCAGGAUGCUGUGGUCGCUAAAAGAAAGGUUGCUUGGUGGCCACAACCUCGAAUCCAGCUUCACAGGCAGUGAGAUGUCCAGUUGCAACGCUGCGGAAGAGCUCACACUCGCUGCAGGAGAUAUGAUCUGCCAGAUUUCAGUUGCUGCUCCGUUCACAAAUUUUCAUCAGUGCUACUUCUUGCAGUCGCGGUGCAAGCAGAUUUCCAGCUACCGCGAAUUUCCGAAUAAGCUGCACCUUCGUUCAUGGUUUGCCGUUCAGAUAAAGCUGGUGACUACCUUGAGAACUGCGUUGUCGCUGAUAGAAUCUUACAGUGAAGAGAGGUGGCUGCAUACGGCGGUGCUGAAAGAGCAUAACCCGAGGGCAUUCAGAAAAGCUCUUGAUGAUAUCAACAGAUGUGAAACCACACUGAGAGCCAUAAACCCUGGUAACCACAGCAAUAACAUAAUGACGUUCCCUGCUGUUCCUGAGCAAUAUGUGGAAGAUGAUAAAAAGAGACUGGCAGAAAGCAUUAAAGGC